AUGACCCCGGAUCAAGAAAUUUCAACGAUGGCAGAGAACUCAUUACUCGGUGCAGCUGACGGCAAUGACCGCAAUGACCACGAGCGCGUCGUCGAAAAACUUGAUAACACCAGUUCUUCAGUACCCGCGGGUGCCGCUCAAGCUGUACUGGUGCAUUCAACGCCUAUGCCGGAAGAUUCG